CUUCGUCCCAGUUGUCUGUUGACAAACGUGACCAAUGCAUAUCUCUGUCCCAUCGUCGCCGAGUGGACUAAAAUGUAAUUUUACGAGAUUGUGUCGACGUUGCGAGGCUCCACGUGGAUUCUUCAUGAAGCUGUGAAUCCGGUCUAAACUAAAACCAUGCUGAAAUGGCUGUCAGGUGAAGAGGGAGAGCCUGGCUCUGUAGGUCCAGGCUCUCCCCGUGGUGCUGCUGCUGGUGCUGCUGGUGAGUUCACUGUGGAAGAAAUGUCGGAGCGGCUCACCCAAACCGAGCUGCUUGUCUCUCAGCUGAAGGAGCUGAUCCGGGAGAAAGAUGCAGCACUUCGCUCCAAAGAUGACCAAAUUAAGGUGGAGAAGGAGACAUGUGAGGCCAAAUUAUCGAAGCUGCGUCUGCAGAACAAGGCGAAGGUGACAUCCCUCAACUCCCAGCUGGAGGAGCUGAAGAAACAACAUGGAGGUCAGGGCACGCCAACACACAGCAAAAAGGGGUCUGCAGAAGGAGGAGGAGAGCAUGCCAGUCGGGGCAAGAUAGUCUUGCUAAAGAAAAAGGUGGAGGAACUAGAACAGCAGCUGGCACGAAGACAGCAGAAACUGGACCACAAGAGGAAGGAGGUCGAGUUACAGUGGCAGCGGGGCGAGGAAAUGGACGCCAUGCUGACAGAGAAGGACACGAAGCUAGCGGAAAAAGAAGCCUAUAUUGUUCACCUGCAAACAGCACUGGGAGGAGAUCAGCCCAUCACACCUGCACCACAACAACAGGUGGCAGAGGUCAGUGGAGCAAUGCAGGAUCUGCAGCUGCUGGUGCAAAGCCUGACCAAGAAGGUGGGAGAUGGGGAAGAGCGCUACAGUUUGCUGCAGGAGCAGACAGACAGCCUCAAAGAGCUGCUGGUAACAGAGAAGGAGCAGUACGUUCAAAAGGAGACCAUGUACAAACAGAACAUCCAGACAUUCAAAGACAUCAUUAUUCAGAAAGAUAACCAGCUGCUGGAGAUGAACCAGAUGCACGAACAGGAGCUCUUCAAGCUAGCAGCGAAGUCUGACGCCAGUGCAGACUUAGAGCAGCUUUUGAAGGCUCUAAAACAGAAGCUUCAUGAGAAGGAGGAGGUGCUGCUGGGUAAAACGCAGGUCAUCGAUGUUCUCCAGGGAGAGGUGGAUGGCAGGGACCAACAGAUAAAGGAGCUUGCAGAGCGGCUGCGUCGACUGCACGUAGAACGAGAGAGCCUGGAGUCCAAGAUGGAGGCGGAGAAGCACGUGAUGCGAGCACAACUCCGCGACCUGAUGGAAAAGCAGCAGGCGGAGGUGCAGCGACUGGCCGAGCAGCAUCAGGCACAGAUGGCCCAGACGCAGCAGGAUCUCCUGGGGCAGCUGCAGGAGCUGAGGAAGUCCUCGGUGGAGGCAUCAUCUCCCAGUCAGGAGGCCACGGGAAGUGGAAGCAUGCCCUCAGAUCCAGCCUCCAUCCAAAGGAUCGCCGAGCUGGAAGCCCAAGCGAAGCAAAAAACGGACGAAGCGAGCAAAUCAGAGGCCAGGUUCCUGAAAAUGAAAGCCUGGUCUAAAGCUCGGAUCAGACAGUUGGAAGAAGAGUUGAAGAAAAGCCACGCUGGAGGUGCCCCCCCAGACCUGACUGCCCUGCGGAGUCGGAUCUCAGCACUGGAGGAGGAGAGAGAGGAAAUCCUCUGGAAAGUGGAACAAUAUGAAGAGCUCAGGACAAAGAAUGAAAUGCUGGGGGCUAAACUGGUGGUGUACGAGGAGCAACAGAGGACACUACAAGCAGACCUGGAGCAGUUCACCAAGAGGGCCGCCUCUCAGGCGAGUGAGUCGGGCAGUGCCGACGACACCCAGAGCCAGGUGCUGGAGUGGCAGGAGAUGGUAGCUGAGGCAGUCAGCGCCAGAGACCGGGCCAAGGAGGAGAAGACCGCCAUGGCCCUCCGCAUCAGCCACAUGGAGGAGGAACGAGAGGAACUGAUUGAGGAUGACUGGUUCUUUCCCGGCUGCUCCGAUCCAGCACUGGCCACUCGGCAGCAGGAGCUGGAGGAGGAGCUGAGUCAAGCUCGGGGGCUCGGCCAACACAAGGCCAAGAAGCUGGCGUCUCCCGCCCAACGCAGCCUGCAGGAGGACUUUGAGUUUGAUGGACAGACCCCGUUCCUGGACCCGAGGAGCAACUCUGAGAGCACAAACCCGAUGGAGGGGGAGAACAUGGGAGGUUGGUGGCCCGAGCACAGUUCUCCUGAUACAGAUGGUUUGCGGUCCGUUGUGGAGGAGCUGGAGCUGGAAAGGAACCAACUGCAGGAGCAGAUCCUGAGCCUGGAGGAGCGCUGUCGGGAUCUGGAGGAUCGACAGCAGCUGCAGACCCGCAUAGAGACGUUACAGAAUGAGUCCGAGAGACUACAGAGCCAGCUCGCCAGCGUCCGAAGUCAGCAGAGCAGAGACGCAGAGAAGCAUCAGCUACUGGUUAGCAGUCUCAACGAACAGCUCAAAGGACUGAGUAACACACAGGAGUGCCUGGAGAGCUCACUCAUCGAGAAGGAGAACACGUUGGCCAAGACGUCCGAGAAGCUCGAGCUCAUCAACGGCCUCCGAGAAUCUCUGAGUGCAAAGGAAACUCAGUACAAAGAGGUGUCUGACAAGCUCCUUCAGGCUGAGAACACUCUUGAGGAUGUUUCCAAGAAAUGCAGCAGCUCGGAGAAGCAGUGCUCUGAGCUGAAAACAGAAGUAGUCGACCUCACGCAGAAGCUGAGUUUGCUGAAGGAGAAGACACAAAAGCAGGAAAUCAACAUAGAAACUUUACAAACGGAGCUUGAUCAGACAAACGAGGAGCUGGACAAACUGAACUCCGCCCACUUGGAAGAACGAGCACAACUCAUUCACGACCUGCAAGGCUGCGAGCGGGAAAUCGAUAGACUCAAAGACGUCCUGCUGGAGAAGGACGAGGAGAUAUCGACCCUCUCCGGUAACAUGGCCGAGUAUGCAGAGCAGGUGACAGCUCUGAAGCAGGAGAUCCGACUCAAGGACGAGAACCUGGUCCGUGUGGAAGCCGCUCUGAGUAAGGCAGAGCUGGAGGCCAUGAUUAGCAGAGACACGCAGAAUACAGACCAGCAAGCCUUGGUCACAGAGCUGGUCCAGAAACUCAAGGAUACUGAGAUUUUGAUGGUCAAAACCAAAGAGGAAAGCGAGUCUAAGGUGGCCGAAGUGGAGCAUCUGAUAAAGCACGCAGAAGAGGACAAGAAAACUAUUCAGUGCCUUCGGGGGGAGACCCAGAAACAAAUUGUGAGCCAUCAAAAUCAUCUUUCGGAGUGUGAAACACACAUCGCUUCACUAAAGGAACAGCUGGCUUUAUCCACCCAAAAGCUGCAGGAUUCAGAAAGACUCAUUUUGCAGCUCAAGGACAAAAAUACCAGCAGUGAGCAACUACAGCAACAACUUAAUGAUAAAGAACAGACCUACGAAAAAGAACUCAAAUCUUUCAAGGAGGAACAGAACAAACUUUUGGCACAGGUGGAAAGAUACAAUAAUGAAAUGCAGACAUUGUCCAAACAAUUAGAGGAGCAAGUACAAAGUGAAGAGCACAUUAAAAACGAGGUACAGGAGAAACUGAAAACCAUAGCAUCACUGGAAAACCAACUGAAGACAACUGAUAAACAGGCCGAGGACGAGAGGCAGAAAUUCAACACGGAAUUACAAAACCGGGAUUUAGAAAAUGAGAAAUUGAGCAAUGAGCUUCAAAGCAAAUCUGAGAAUAUCUCCAAACUCAGGAAUCUCUUAAAAAGCACAAAGGCAGAGAAAAAUCAGCUGCAAGAAAAACUUAAAGGGGUGACGGAGGAUCUUGAGUUACAGAAGCAGAAUGUAAAUCAGUGUAGUGAAAAGAUUGCAUCAGCUCUUGCACUUAACCAGAGUCUUGAGAAUCAAGUAGAUUGUCUUACGAAAGAGAAAGAGAGACUUGAACUGGAAGUAGCUGAAAGUGUAAAAACUAUUUCUGAAGUUACACUGGAAAAGGAUUCCCUGCAAGCCAAAGUAUCCACACUGGAAAUGCAGCAUUCUGAAAAUAAUAGAGUAAUCGAAGGGCUACAAAAAGAUAAAGAGGAUUUGACUCUUCGAACUAGUGAGUUAAAUCGAGUUCUUGAGCAAAGCACGCACUCAAACUCAGAGAUUCUGGUGUCAAAAACAAAUGAAUGUAGUAAUCUCAGCCAGUCACUCAGGGAGAGGGAGGAGAGGGUGACACAGCUGCAGGAGCAAGUGCAAAGCUUGACUUCCAAGGUACACCAGCUCCAGCUCGACAUGGCUGAAAAAGAGCAGGCGGUCAGUGAUCAUCGAGCACAGGUAGAGGCCCAACAAAAGCAGCAAGCGCAGCUUCAGGAAACCCUGUCUUUGCUGCAAGAACAGGAGCACAGGCUGAGGUCCACGUUAAUGGAGAAGGAUACAAUAUUGAAAGAGAAGCAGGAAGGGUAUGACAGUUUGCAGAAUGACAUCACACACCAGAAAGAUAUUGUAUCCAAGCUACAAGCAGAAGCCGAAUCACUUCAUGGAGAACAAUCAGUACUUCGCCAGCAAAUUGAAGAGAGAGAAGAAAUGUUGAAAAAUGUGACACAGCAGUGUCAAAAACACAAAGACGAAGUCAAUGAAACCAACAACACUGUUAAAGCUCUGAGUGACCAGAUCCGUGUAAUGGAAGAAAAUGCCAGAAAGCUCAAGUCGGAAGCAGAGCUGAGGCAAACGGAGACGGCUAGCUUAAACAGCCGCAUCCAGGCAGUGGCUGAGGAAAAUCUCCAACUUCGCGCUGCCUGUGAAGCCAGAGACAAGGAGCUUGCUCGACAAACACAGUCUCUGUCCGAGCUUCACGGACAGGUUAAAGCGACCCUUGAGCAGAACUCUGUACUUAGUGUGAAGAUAGACAGCCUAACAGAAAACAAUCAGAGACUACAAGAGGAUUUAGCACAGAACAUCAAAUCAGUUUCUGAACUAACCGCAGAGAGGAACUCUCUUCUAGAACAAAACUCUAAGAUUCAAAUUCAAACCUCAGCGAAUCAGAAAAUAAUUGACGGCCUUCUGCAGGAAAAGGAAAAGCUUGCUGUUGCAGAAGAGGAAUUAAAAAAGAUCCUAAAGGAAAGUGAAGAGUCAAACUCUGCAGGUUUGCUCGAGAAAACAAGUGAAUGUGCUUAUCUGUCAAAAAUGUUGAGGGAGAGAGAAGAGCAAUUUCAACUUCUAGAAGAGCAACUUGAUGGCCUAAAAAAGCACAUCAGUCAACAAAGUUCACAGUUGGAAGCUCAGCAGGACCAGCUGCUGCAACAACAGGAUAUUAUAUCUAUGCUUCAGGAACAAGGGUCUGUUCUCAAGUCAGGGCUGAUGGAGAAAGACGCAAUGCUUCAGCAGAAAGCAGAGGAGUGUAGCGUUAUGCAGAAUGAAGUCGUGCAGCAGAAAGCCCUCACAUCACAGAUAAAGGGUGAGGUAGAGUCACUCAGGCAAGAGUGCUCAGAGGCAAAACAGCAGAUAGAGCAAAAAGAACAGACGUUGAAAGAAGGAAGAAAUGAGUGUGAAAACCUGAAAAACGAGCUGAAUAAACAAAACGAAUCGGUGAUAUUGCUCAGCAGCCAGCUUGGUGCCAUGAACGAGAACGCUGCACAGACUGAGGUUGAAGUUGCCAACCUAAAGACCGCCAUGCAGAAACUUACUGCAGAACUGACACAGAAGGAGGACCAGAGGAAAGCAGAAAUCAUUGAUUUCAAUGAUAACAUUGAAGCACUGAAGGAGGAGAACACAAGAUUAAAGUCCGAGUUUAAGAAAACCGUGACAGAUUUGUCCAAAGCACACGAAGAGGUCACCCAUCUGAAAGCAGCCGUCUGCGAUGCAGACAACAAACUCAAAACUGCAGCCUCAGAAAGGGAGAGGCUUAAUUUGAUCAUGCAAGGAAAAGAUGACUCCCUGAAACAGCAGGAGAAUUUGAUCCAGCAACUCAACAGUAGGAUUAAUGAGCAGGAGGGGCAGCUGAAACAGAAAGCGGAUGACAAUGUCAGUUUAAGUGCAAAAGUUUCAGAGCUUGAAGAUUCUGUUUGUAAACUACGAGGACAGGUUGACAGUCUUUCUUCAGAGUCACAUGUACUGAAAAAUACUUUGGAGAAAAAGGAACAGUCGAGUCUUGAAUAUCAAAGCCAUUUUUCAGGUGCUAUUGAGAAUCUUAAUUCAAAUCUACAUGCCAAAGAGGUGGAGUGUGAGAGCUUGAAAGAAAAGACUUCACACCUUGAAGAGUCAGUGGCAAAGCUCAAAAGCACCCUCCAAGAACGGAUAUCUGAGGUGGAAAAUCUGAAGAAGGCCUUAGAGGAAAAACAGGUAGCUCUUUUGGACCAAUCAACGUCUCUUCAGGAUGUUCAGCGAAGAGCAGAUGAGGCUUUGCUCUUUAAAACUCAGUUCAUGGAAAACACAGAGUUAGUGUCACAGCUACAGAAUCAAAUUCAGCUACUGUCCACUGAGUCCAAAAACUUCAAAAUGUCAGCAGAGGAAACACAAAGUGCCUUUAACAACCUACAAGAGAAAUAUGCAGCUAACUUAGAAAUGCUGCAAGAUGUGAGAACACAACUGUCCCAAAGGACUGACGAGGUGUCCAAACUUCAGAAGAUAUUGGAUGACACCGGUAACGAACAUCAGACGGCAAAUUACACUAUAGAAACACUGAGAAAUGAGUUAUCUGCGAUCCAUCACAAACUCGAGAAGACUGAAGACCUGAACUCAUGUCUUUUAAAGGAAAAGGACGAAGCUUUUGCUUCUCACCAAGCAAGUGUUUCGCAGCUGACUGUUGAAAUAGAAAGACUCAAAUCACAACAUCUUCAAGUUGUGGCACAAAUGAAUGCGCUGACAGAAAACCUCGAGCAGAGGGAAAUGGCUCUCCAUGCAAUUAACAGUCAGUACACUUCCCAGGCCAAACAGGCUUCCCAGCUGGUUUCAGAAAUGCAGAAACUAGAGCAACAAAAUAAGAGACUAAAUGAGGAGAUUACUUUGUCAAAGGAAGAGAGCCAGAAGCUCCUUACAGCUGCGAGUAAUGAAAACGCACAUUUGCAGGAGGAAGUUAGAAAACAUCUUGCAGAGAGGGAAGAGCUGGAAAGGCAACAUCAUCAAAUAUGGACAUCGCAGGGGGAGCUGCAGGUUCAAAUGGAGCAGCAGUCCAGCAGCAUGAACGCAAUAAUGGAGAACACGAUGUCCGAGAAGGAGAGCCUUCAAGCAAAGGAGGCGAGGCAGAAGAUGGAUGAACUACAGCAAACUGUAAAGAAGAUGCAAACUAACAGACUGUCACAUGAAAAAGAAAUCAGCAGCUUCCAGGAAGAAACAGCAAAUAUAGGAUUGAACACAGAGAGGAAGGACACACUGCCUGUUAAGGAAGCGGUUGUUUUGGCAGGUGAGAGUGGAAGGGACGAGGUGGUGAGUCGGUUGCAGGCAGAGAGGAUCCAGCUUCACGGAGACCUGCAGCGCUGCAUGUAUGAGAUCCAACAACGAGACCAGUACCUCCAGCAACUCAACCUGAAGCUGCAGCAGGGAGUGGAGGAGAAAGGUGCUGUUGUAGCUCAGAUGAGGGCCGUUUCCCAAACCCUGAGGGACACCCAGAAUCGCUGCCACUGGCUGGAAGCCCAAGUCCAAGGACAGUCCCAGGGGUCAGUGUAUGCUGAGGUUGCCCCUGGAGCCCCCCAGGAGAGGAGCAUCAACUCCACGUCUGCUGGAACCGCUGAAGCCAGUCAGCUCCAGGAAAGGCUGCUUGAGUUGGAGCAGAGUCUGACAGACGAGAGAGCGAGGAGGGAGACGGCUGAGGAGGCUCUGCGUCUUGCUGAGGACACAGCAAAGAGUGUUGAAUCCAGUCUGUCCAGAAACAGCCAGAGGGACUUCAGUAUCGAGAUGGAAGCAGAAGACGAGUGGGACACUCUCAGUCUCAACCCGAACCAGCCUCUGAUAGCACGAAAGGUGAAAGGCGGUGCGGUGGCGUGCCGACGCUGGCUCAGGGGGAGGAGCCUCUACUUCUCCAGGCUGUUGACGAGCCGCGCUCGCUCUCGGUAUUUCUUCCUGGUUUACCUGCUCAUAAUACACGCGCUGGUCCUCAUGUGCCUCACCGGCGCCCUGUAGCCAGCUCACACGGGGAACUGGUUUCACGGCCAACCUGAAAGCUGAAUCAACUGAAUAUCUCUGAGUUGGGGACAGAACAAGACAUCUGAGGACAUCUGGAGCUUUUUGGGGAACGCUGAUCAUCAUCUUUUAACCAUUUUUUGGACAUUUUAGAGACCGGACAACUAAUUGAUAAAUGGA